CUCCGAAACUAGCGAUAAACCUCGCUAGACCUGGCUGAGGUGGACAGAUCGCUGGAGGGGGAAGAGCUGGACAGGAACACCGGUACUGCUGGACGACGAAUAAAAUUAAAAAACAAAUGAAAAUGCAGAGCUUUACGAUAUUUUCAUUAGCACUGCUGGCGUUUUCAGUCGACGCGGCGGUUUACUUUAAAGAGCAAUUCCUCGAUGGCGACGCGUGGAAGAGUCGGUGGGUGAACUCGGAACACAAAUCUGACUAUGGAGAGUUGAAACUCACCGCUGGAAACUUCUACGGAGACGCAGAGAAGGACAAAGGUUUGCAAACCAGCCAGGAUGCCCGGUUCUACGCUACCUCGGCAAGCUUUGAGCCCUUCAGCAAUGAGGGCAAAAGCCUGGUGAUCCAGUUCACUGUCAAACACGAACAGAAGAUCGAUUGUGGCGGCGGUUACGUCAAAGUCUUCCCCGCUGACCUCAACCAGGCCGACAUGCACGGAGACUCGCAGUACUACAUCAUGUUCGGGCCAGAUAUCUGUGGUUACAGCACCAAAAAAGUCCACGUCAUCUUUAACUACAAAGGCAAGAACCACCUCAUCAAGAAAGACAUCAAGUGUAAAGAUGACGAGCUGACCCACCUCUACACGCUGAUCCUGAACCCAGACCAGACCUAUGAGGUGAAGAUCGACAACGAGAAGGUGGAGUCCGGCUCCCUGGAGGAGGACUGGGAUUUCCUGCCUCCUAAGAAGAUCAAGGACCCCGAAGCUAAGAAGCCAGAGGACUGGGACGACCGUGCCAAGAUUGAUGACGAGAGUGACACCAAGCCAGAGGACUGGGACAAACCUGAGAACAUUCCAGACCCUGAUGCCAAGAAGCCUGAAGACUGGGAUGAGGAUAUGGAUGGCGAAUGGGAGCCUCCCAUGAUCCCCAACCCCGAAUACAAGGGAGAGUGGAAACCAAAGCAGAUCGAUAACCCCAACUACAAAGGAGUCUGGGUGCACCCCGAGAUCGACAACCCCGAGUACAACCCCGACUCUGAGAUCUACAAGUUUGACAAUAUCGGAGUUCUCGGGCUGGAUCUGUGGCAGGUCAAAUCCGGCACCAUCUUCGACAACUUCCUGAUCACGGACGACGUGAACGAAGCCGAGAAGUUCGGAAAAGAAACGUGGGGCGUCACUAAGGGUCCGGAGAAGAAAAUGAAGGACGAGCAAGACGAAAAGAAACGCAAAGAGGAAGAGGAAAAGAACAAGGAGCAGGACACGGCGGCAGAAGACGAGGGAGGAGACGAAGAUGACGACGACGACGACGACGAAGAGGAGCCGAGGGAGGAGCCCGAAGCGGAGGGAGAAGAGGAGGAUGAUGAUGAUGUUCAGCCUAAAGAUGAAUUAUAAACCAGGAAGUGCUUCCUCAGCACACAUGUGGUACCAGGGGAAACAGCUGCAGGGCAUCAAGUCAAAAUGAUGCCAAUUGGAAUGUGACUCUCUUUUUUUUUUCUUUUUUUUUGGGGGGGGGGUAUUUUUCUUUCUUUCUUUUUUUUUACGUUUUACAUGGAACAGAAAGCAGAGUAGCAAAGGUUAUGAUUUUGUUUUUGGGUGUGUGUGUGUUUUAUUUGAAAUAAGAUGUUUUUUGGGGGGAGGAAGAUGAGUUUAGGAAGCAAGUGUAGGAUAUUGGGUUUGAACUCUUUCAUAAAUCUUUUCCUUUUUGCCUCAUGACAAACAACAAAAAAAUACUACUAUGCCCAAGAGAUUGGUUUCAUUCUGUGGAAUAAUUUUUAUUCAAAAAAAAAACAAAACAAAUAACCCUUGAAGUUAAGAUGGUUGUAAAUACAUUCAAGUUACUGGUUCAUAACAGAGGAAGAUUUCUACCUUGUGAGAAUGUGGCGUGAGAGAGUAAAGGUUUGCAGACGAUUAUAUCCUACUUAAAAUCCACAGACUCUUUCUGCUCUAGUCGAUCUGUGACUAUGGUUUUCUUUUUCUUUUCUUUCUUUUUUUUUUUUGUCCUCUUCGGCACUGAUUUUCGUUUCGUACCACAACCUUUUCUGUCUCCAACCAAGACGUUGAAUGUGAUUCCACUCUUUCCAGCUCUAUUUAUUUAACAGAAAGGUCUUAUGAGUAAUUUGACCCACAACACCAUUUUUUUUUUUACACACUGUGAAAAUAGUGACCAGCCUGCCCUGGAUAUAAACUGUUUCAGAAUAGUCUUAUGACUAAGAUCAUCAUUAUAACGUGAAGCAGAGUUUUCCAAAGUAAAUAAAUAAGACCUUAAUGUCCAAGUACUUUUGGGUCACUGCUCAGUCAUCAGCUGUGUGUCUGUGAUGCCAAUACUUUUAAUAAAAGAAUUUAUUAAUGA